AUGUUCCACCAAAUUAAGAUUCGUGAACCCGAUCGUCAGUCACAACGUUUUCUUUGGCGUGAAAACUCUUCUCUGCAUCCUACGACCUUCGUUAUGGACGUGGCCACCUUUGGGUCAACCACAUCAGCCCAAUACGUUAAAAAUUUGAACGCGCAAGAGUUUGCAGGCAAAUAUCCUCGGGCAGCUGAAGUUAUUUUGAAGAGCCAUUACGUUGAUGACCUGCUAGAUAGCUUUUGGACGACUCAAGAGGCGGUAGACGUGAUCAACGAAGUGAAACUCGUGCAUUCUUUCGGCGGGUUCGAGAUUAGGAACUUUCUGUCCAACAGAAUUGAGGUUCUGCAGGGAAUCGGUGAAUGUUCUCAUGAAGCGAUUAAAGAUCUUGCACUAGAACGCGAAGGAAUCACGGAAUCUGUUCUGGGAAUGAGAUGGAUACCAUCUGAGGACAUGUUCACGUAUACUUUCACUCUCCGGAGCGAUUUGCAGCCGAUACUCGAGAAUGGUCAUGUACCAACGAAACGUGAAGUGCUGAAGGUGGUCAAGAGUCUUUUCGAUCCCCUUGGACUCCUUUCGUUUUUUCUAGUUCACGGAAAAAUUCUCAUCCAAGACUGUUGGACAUCCGGGCUGUCUUGGGACGACCCCAUAGGAGACGAACUCUGCGAACGCUGGAAACGGUGGAUAAAAUUCUUUCCACAACUGGAUACCCUCCGUAUUCCCCGAUGCUAUUUUCAAUCUCCAUAUCCAAUGGACCUCAAAGGACUUCAAGUCCAUAUAUUUGUGGACGCAAGUGAAGCUGCAUACUCCUGUGUGGCAUACUUCCGCUUGCCGGUAGGACAGGGAUUCCAGGUUUCUUUGAUAGCCGCGAAAACGAAGGUGGCCCCGCUCAAAGCUCUGUCCAUUCCGAAACUGGAGCUGAAGGCCGCUGUCCUGGGGGUCCGGCUACUGGACUCAAUACUCAAAUCUCACACUAUUCCAAUAUCAAAACGUUUCUUCUGGACAGACUCGACUACAGUAUUGGCAUGGAUCCAGUCAGAUCAUCGCAAAUACCUAAAGUUUGUGGCCGUCCGCGUUGGCGAGAUCCUUAUGAUGAGUGAUCAGACAGAGUGGAGAUGGGUUCCCACUAAACUGAAUAUCGCGGACGACGCUACAAAGUGGAAAUCCGAACCAAAUCUCAAUUCCAACAGUCCGUGGUUCUGCGGACAAAGCUUUCUUCAAGAUGCCGAAGAACAUUGGCCUGCUGCACGACGAUUCGCGACUGUCUCGGAGGAAAACCAUCUGGUACAGGUGCAUACUACCCCCACACCAUGGGUCGACGUUGCACGUUUUGGUAGUUGGGAGAAAUUACAUCGUACGAUGGCUUACGUGAUCCGGUUCAUUCAAAAUCUCCGUCGAAUUCAGGCUGGCGCAGUACCAGAGCAGAAUGUUCUCACGCAGGACGAGCUCAAGGGUGCCGAGGAAGUGCUAUGGAAGAUGGCGCAGUCGGAAUCUUUCUCAGCGGAAAUUUCUGUCUUGCAUUCAACGCAAGGUCCGCCAGAAUUGCGUCACGCGAUCGUCAAUAAAUCAAGCCCAAUCUACGGAUUAUGGCCAUUCAUCGAUGAACAAGGGAUUCUACGAAAGCGCGGCCGUAUCGAUGCCGCACCGUAUGCAUCACUGGUAUCAUCGCCGUUUCCGCCACGCCAACCGAGAAACCAUCGUAAACGAAAUGCGCCAGCGAUUCGAGAUCUCCAAACUCCGAGAGCUAAUCAAGACGGUAAUGAGCCGUUGUAUUUGGUGCUUCCAGCCGUCAGGCUAACCCCAAACGUACGUCCGUUUACCUUCGUUGGCCUUGAUUAUUUCGGCCCAGUACUCGUGAAAGUUGGUAGGAGUCAGGCCAAGCGCUGGAUGGCAUUAUUCACUUGCCUCACAAUCCGUGCAGUGCACAUCGAGGUCGUUCACAGCUUAUCGACUGAAUCCUGCAUUAUGGCAGUACGACGGUUCGUCUCUCGUCGAGGCCCUCCAGCAGAAUUCUAUACGGACAACGGGACUUGUUUCACUGGAGCAAGCAAUGAACUGAAGAGGGAGAUAGAAAUGCGAAAUCAAUCUUUGGCGCUAACAUUUACUAGUGCCCAAACGCGUUGGAGAUUUAUUCCACCCUGUACACCACACAUGGGUGGCGCGUGGGAGCGUCUCGUCCGAUCCGUGAAGGUGGCAGUAGGAUCAUUGAUAGAAGCACCUCGCAAACCCGACGACGAGACACUGCUGACGAUUAUGAACGAGGCAGAGGCUAUGGUUAAUUGUAGGCCACUCACUUACGUUCCAUUAGAAUCAGCCGACAGAGAAUCCUUAACUCCGAACCACUUCCUGCUAGGAAGCUCGAACGGAGUCAAGAUACUUCCAACACCACCGGUCGAUGAGCGAGUCACGCUUCGAAGUAGCUGGAAGCUAGCGCAAUACAUUUGCGACGAGUUCUGGAGACGGUGGGUGAAGGAAUACCUUCCUGUGAUAACACGCAGGUGUAAAUGGUUUGACGAAGCGAAGGAUAUUGUGGUCGGAGAUUUGGUUGUGCUGGCGAGCGGAACGGCGAGGAACCAGUGGGUGCGAGGUCGUGUAGUGAACGUGAUGCUCGGGCGUGAUGGCAGAGCUCGCCAAGCCUGGGUACAAACGUCGACUGGCGUAGUGAGGCGUGCGGCAGUAAAACUAGCGGUGCUAGACGUCAUGGAGUCUCGUGAAUCCGAAAAUAAACUCUCGGAUCAGGCGAACCAUCACUAG